AUGCAGAUCAAGUCGCCAUCUCCUGAAUUGGAUCCUCCCCCCAUCACAGCCCUACCCGCAGACCUCCUGCGCUUGGCAAAAGCUGCCACAGAUCACUCUGCCAGAUCCACUGGUCCUCCGCCUGCCGCUGACGCUGCAGCACAGCCCACAACCAUCCAGGGCUCCGGACAGAGGCAAUGCACAGCAGUCCUCCCGCGUUCCAAUGCCGCCCCAGAUGCUGGUCAUAAGCCCACUAGUCCUCCACCUCCACCAGACAGCACUGCUGGAGAUACCCGCCCAGCAGCGCCGACUGCCUGCUGCGCUUCUGAAGCGGCCAUUUCUGCUGCUCCUGACUCCGUCACAGCCGCCGUUCUCCCUGCGUUCUCGUCUUGA